AUGGAGAGUGGCCGUAUCUGCAUCCUCGACGUGGAUGCCAACGGCGUGCGCAGCAUUCAUGCCGCCCAGCCACCCCUAAACGCGCGGUUUGUCUUCAUUGGGCCGCCGUCUGUGGCAGAGCUGGAAAAGCGCCUUAGGGGCCGCGGUACUGAGACCGAAGAGAAAAUACAGGCACGUCUGAAGCAGGCAACUGUGGACAUGGACUUUGCUUACAGCCAGGAGGGCCGAAAUAUUUACAACCUGUACAUCGUCAACGACGAUGUAGAUAGAGCCUAUGAAGAGCUGUUUGAGUACCUGCGUGAGGACAUCGCUCUCUCCCAGAGUCUAGCUGCCCCGGAGCGAAUGGUGGCCUCGGGUUAG